CUAAAGUGUUUUAAGGGAAUUUGAAAUCCAAUUCUGCGAACAAAAUGGCCUCAAUUUUUCAAUAUGUUGCAAUAUUUUCCAUAAUAUUUUGUAUAGCCAAAGAAGUAAAAAACUGCGUGCCUUCCGAUUCAAAGAAUUCGCAGACAGAUGCGAAAACCAUAGUGGAUUCGAACUUCGAUCACGAAAUCGUGGCAAAAAUAUUGCCAUUCAGAACCCAAGAAGAAUGCGACUCUAUAAACAAAGCAGUCGGUUCAAUAAAUGGAGGUAAACCUUUGGUGGAUCCGAAGUACGUCCCUUUGCAGAGUUCCAAUCCAUACGAUGAUUUGAUUUUCGCCUUGGUCAACGAUUCGAUGACUGUCUUCAGCAUGUACAUUGGGGAAUAUCUGGCUCGAAGAGACGAAACUUUCAUCAUCAUGGUAUUCAUACAAGUCGACGCUAAAACUACAUUCAAAGAUAUUCACGACAAACAACACUACUACACCUUCGACGAUAUUUGUAGCACCAACAGAGCACCUUUUAAAAAUGCGUUAAGAGUUUGGGCACAACGAGAAGAUACGCCAGAAAGUACCAUCAAUAUAUGUUGCACAAACGGCCAACAAUUACAGAAUGAGCGAUCGUCGUGGAAUGAUAAAAAGAGAGAUGACUUGGAAUUCGUUCUGAUGAAGCAAUCUUACGAAGAUAGUAAUUGCUCGAUAAAAUGUUACGGAACAGGGAUGCCGGAUGGUCCAGCCAAUCUUCUAGAUGAUAUUAAAAAUCACAUUAAAAAUCACGACCUGGUUGACUUAUACACCUCUUUAGUUAAUUACAUUCAGAAUCAAGAUCAAUAUUUAGCUCAGAAACUUCACGAUUAUUGCGACGGUCGAGAUAAUUGGGCUAUUUGGAUAAUAAUCCUGUCGACUCGGCGAGGCGAUCCGAUGAAAUCAAUCGAUACAGCCUUUCAAGGGCUUUAUCAAAAUGUUACUUUGAAAGAUUACAUCGCGAAAUGCAACAUUCAAGACCCAGUAUUCAAAGACAUGCUGACAAAUUUGGUAGAUCCGGCUUCAUUACAAGAUCGACAGAAACCUCCACCCCCUCCGGCUCCAGAACCAUCAUUCUCGCACUUACAUGGACCGUCAGCAGACGCCGACCAGCACUACACUCCUGCUCAUGCCGACGAUUAAAACAUCAGUGAAAUUAGUUAAUUGAUGGAUUAAAAAUAUUUAUCUAAAAUAGCUUAUUUUACAUUGUUUCAAGAUUUGAAUCAAAUUUUAUCCUACUCAU